ACUACAAUGAUACAUCGUUUUCUCGAAAAAGAUGAAACACCGAAACCAACUAUCGCGAUAGAUUAUUCUUUUGGACGUAAAGCUGGAAAGAGUUUAAUAAAAAAUAUCGUGCAUGUUUGGGAAGUAGGACAUUUAACUUCUUCGUUAGUAUCAGCCGCAAUGACAGGUUCAUCUUUGACUCAUUCUCCUCAUCACGUCACGGUAUUGAUUAUAUUGGAUUUAUCACAACCAGACAUUUUAUGGACCACGUUCGAAGAAGCUCUCUCGGUUAUUCGAAAUGCAAUGAAAAUGAGUUACAGCGAUAAAAUGAUUCAGGAAUUAAAGCAACAGCGAGUUAAAGAACGGAAGGGAGCAGUGGAACAAGAGGUCGAUCCGUUUCCAAUGAAGCUUUGCCUUGUUGGUGGGAAAUAUGAUCAAUUUAAGGAUUUAGAUUUGAAUAAAAUAAAGCUAAUCGGAAAAACACUAAGAGCUACAGCUCAUACUUUGGGAGCUGGACUCUAUUAUCAUUCCGCAAAAGAUAAGUCUUUACUACGAAGAACGAAAGAUUUGUUAUCUCACUAUGGAUUUGGUACUCAAUUUUCCGAUAUCAAGUGCCUAGAUGUCGAGAAGCCAUUAGCAAUAUCUGCCGGUACAGAUUCCUUCUUGUCGAUCGAUUUGCAAUUUCCUCAGACCAGACCUUCGAUUAUCUUAGAUACUAUCAAACAGAUUUACGUUACUCAUAUACCGCAAGAGUCGAGAAGCAACGAAAUUAUUGUGGAGGAUCCAAGUAAUGAUCCCAACUUUAACGAACCGAUCAUCGACAGAUUACGAGCUCAACGAGAAGAGGAAAUUAGUAUUCUACUCCACGAUAUGUUGGAAGGCCAAAUACCUCAAAUUCCCAUUCCGGAUCCAUCGUAAAGAUUGUUCCCCUACGUGGAUUUAUCAUGAAUAAAAUCUUCUAAUAAUACAUGUUUGUCAUAUACUUGAUCUUGUCGGGAUUGAAAGAAACUUCUGAGCAAAAAAUUCCAGUUAAUUUGUAUUUAACUCAUCGCUAUUCGAAAAGAUGAUUUUACGUUUACAUUUACAUACAGGUAUAUGAAAUAUGCAAUAUCAUGAUUGCAACAUCGUGCACUCUGGUUCACGUGUUAAACUAUGCUAAUAGAAGCACUAUUUGCUUACAAUGUAUGAUAAUAUCGAUAAGACUAACGAUAAAGUAUAUCUAUCAUUUGUAGAAAAAACAUUAUAUAACUACAUAUAGAAUUAUACGAUUCUUGUUUCAAUAAACAUAUAUAUAUAUAUAUAUUGAUUUUA